AUGAGAUUCAGCUGUGAAUGGCCGGGCCCCGCUGGCAUUACUAGGCGGAGAGAUGCGGCCAAGUCUUCCCAGAAAACUGUAUACAAGGCAAAUCAAUCAGUACCGCUCCGGCCAGCCUUGGACCGGCGGGUGUUUAGCCACGCCAAGGGUGAUGACGGUGCUCACACCGAGUUCCAGAAAGCCUGCAUCCAACAGCAUCAUGGCUACAAUGAGGUGCUCCGACCAGGGGUAUAUCCGAGAGUAUUUUCAUUGCCAAGCCCGCCCGGGAUGGCUUGUGCAAACUCUAUCAUACUAACUCCGUAUGACCGAGUCUGUCUCGAUUACUUUCCCGCCACGACAGUAUACUCUAUCCACUCGACUGGGGCCUGGAGUCCGCUGAACCAGGUACAUCGAGACACUGCAGCCUCGAGUAGUAUGGUUAUGCACAUGCUCUUGGCUCAUGCUGCAAGCGACAUGACCCGCCGAAACCCAGAUUCCCACGUCAAGCUGCCGCAAUUACAAAGCGGUCUGUAUCACUAUACUGCUGCUAUUCAAGAAUUACAUAAUUGUAUUAAUCCCAAGAGGACUGCACCCAGUACUCAAGGUUUGGAUGCAGUGAUAACGACCUUGUUCCUCAUGAUUCACUACGGCCUGAGAUCUGGCUCCUCGCUUCUUCAAGCCAGAACACACUUUGUUGGUCUGAAAUCCUUACUGGCCAGUUGGCUUCAGUCGAUAUACCCUACAGACCGUGAGGGCACCAGUGCUAACCAGCAGCUGUCGGCUCUGUCAUCACAACUCUUGAUAUGGCUUUUAUACAGUGAUGUCGGCGGUACAUGUUCGGGAGCUAUUGCCGAGCUCGUUAACGUGCUUACGGAAUCGUCAUUGCUACCGCUGGACCGGACGCAGCUCUAUCGAAACGCCCAAAUUGGAUUUCCUCGCACCGAGAAGAAGCUAGGCCCAGUAGAGCACAUGAUAUACGCAAGAACGCACGAAAAAGUAUUUGAACUGGGACAUGAGCUGCAGCUCAUGCGAUCCCGUAUCUGGAGGCUCCCGUCCAAUGCCAGCUCAGAGACUAGGCAAGCCCUCUACUUGGAACUGCUGGAUCAGUGCCAGUCGAUAGAAAAGAGAUGCGACGACGUCUUUCGCUCCAUGUACGAAGACGACACGAGAAGAGUCAUUUCGAAACACGCCGUGCGUCUCAACAUGACCAUUGCCAUGCAGUACUGGACCUGCAUACUCUUUUUCCGGCGCUGGCUGGUCCCCGAGCGAGCGCCGCAGCCCAUUCACCGCCUCGCCGUGGCGCGCAUCGUCGCCUGCCUCCACGACCAGUACGGGCACGACCGCCGGCGGUUGAUCCGCUGUGCCUGGCCGCUGUUCAUGGCGUCCAUUGAGACGACGGGGGACUUGUCCAAGCGCCGCUGGCUGCUGGACCGGCUGGGCGAGACCCGCCACGCAACGGCCGAGUGUGCUUGGAGUUGGGAGGCGGCGCAAAAGAUUACCGCGCUGCAGGAUUCCGGGACUCGGGGGGAGUCUGUUGAUCUUCGGCAGUUUAUGCCGAUGCUCUCAACAGAGGAAAGCCUUGGGGGGAUGAAGCCCUUUUAA